AUGUACUCUAAAUCUGAACGUAAAUUCCUGCAGCCUGACAAGGAUCAUGCAAAUCCAAGAUUGGGACCUGGAUGUUACGCUGCAGAUGACACUACACUAAUUGCUGGAAAACUAGUUGGUAAUGAUGGAUACGCCCCAUUCACAUCACUGUCACCACGUAAAUCAUAUUUUGAUACUUUUAUUAUCAACGGACCUGCUCCAGGUACAUAUGACAAUGAAUUGGGCGUAUGUGCUACUCAUCGUAAAGACCCUGCAUCCCUUUUUGGUAGAUCUCGCUCCAAUCGGUUUAUGCAAAAUGCUUCGCCUACACCUGGUCCUGGUGCUUACAUCAGUCUUUCUUUACAAUCCAGCUCUCAUGAAUUAAACAACGGUUCGCGCACACGUAAACCCAAUAUCCAUAAACUUUCGUUAAUGCAACAGCCAGUUGGAGUGGAACUAUCUAGCAAUGAUGUAUACAAUCCAACAUGUGCUCCUAAAUAUAUUAAAAAAACAAGUCGUACAGAAAUCGAUCAAAACAACUCGACAGAAGCAUUUUCUCAACGCCAUGUUGCAGGAACUGACAUGGAUGAAGUGGCGGAUCUGGAAACUGAGACGCUUUCUGGACCUGAAGCAAAACGUGUAUCAUUUUCUCAAAGAACCAAUCAUUCUCAUGACGAGGAUCAUCACAGCGAAAAUCAUUCUGGCAAUGAUCAUUGCUCAAACAAACACCAAGGAAAUAUUGUUUGGAAACGAAAAUAUGUUCCUCCAAGUAUUCCUGCUGGACGAUAUGCAUUUGGAUACAAAGAAAACACUGAUGGAGAUUUAAUGCCUCGUAAACCACCAAAAAAGAUUACCGAGGAUGAACCCCUAUACUUGUCUUCGUUUGCCGAAAAGGCAAAACACGAAUCCAGAGGACAUAAAUUCACAAAAGGUGGUGAUCGUCUUCAUUACAAACCCACUGAAGCACCUGGACCCAAUAGGUACAAUCCACUCAUGAGCGAAAAGUAUCUUAAUACAAAGUCAAAUGGAUCCGGUUCUGCUGCUAUGACACUCGCUCCAUGCAGGCGGGUUACAGACGAAAUUGUUGCAGAUUCAGUCAAAAGAGGGGUUCCUGGUCCAGGAGCUUAUAAUAUCAAGGCACCAUUGACUGAAAAACUUGCGCAACCAAAAAACAGAAUUCGGUUUGGUGGUCAAAAAGCCGAUCAUACCUAUAUUAAUCAGGAUCUUAUAAAACUGCCUGGUCCAGGAGCUUACUAUCCUGAGUAUUCAAGCCAGCUAAAGCCGCAUUCGCACAAACCACAACCAUUUGGAUCUACCAGUAAACGGUUUGAUCAUUUAGGAUUGCUUAAAUCAUCACAAGCUCCUGCCGUUGGAUCGUAUGAAAUUGAAAAAAUCAACAGUAUUUUUGAAAAAGUUCAAAAACGAGCAUUAGAUGUAUCACUUCGACCAGCAGCAUUUGGAUUUAUUUCAGAACGGUUUGUCGAAAAGCGACAAAUUGCAAUUCCAGGUCCAGGAGCAUACGAUCCAUUAGAAAACUCAAACAAUCAUUCACGUUUUGCAAACCCGAGUCUCAAAGAGCAUACAGAGAGUCGCAAAAAACACAGUCACAUUAAAAAAAUAGCACAUCCUAGUGGCAUGACACAAGUAUUUUUUGGAAAUUUGCAAUUUCCAGCUUCAAAAGUGCAUUCAGUCAUAUUUGGAACUCAAACAGAGCGGUUUGCAGAAUCUACUUCAGAUCUUCCUCCUCCAGGAGCAUACGAUGUGAUCAAUUCAUUUCAAGCACUAAAAACCAAAGGAAGGAUUGAAAACACAGGAGUGCUAGCUAGUCAGAACAAAAGAGAACUGUUUCCAAUGACGAGUACAAUGCCAGGUCCAGGAGAAUACAAUCCAGUGCUCGUGGAUCACAAGGAAAUACGCCGACAUGUUGGCGCGUUUCUAUCAACGGGAUCUCGAUUUGCAGAAAAGCAUGAGAAAGUGCCAGGACCAGGACCAGGCAGUUAUCCCAUUGAAUCCAAGAAUGGGUUAUUGAAAAAGACAUUCAACAUCACAUUGACUGAGUGGGGACAAGCAGUUGGAGCAUGA